AUGUCUACUGAAGGAAAGCCAAUUACGUGCGUUGCCGCUGUCGCAUACGAGGCUGGAAAGCCUUUGACGGUUGAAGAAAUCGUAGUUGACCCACCAAAGGCCCAUGAGGUUCGUAUCAAGAUUGAGUACACUGCCGUUUGCCACACAGAUGCUUACACCUUAAGCGGUGUGGAUCCAGAAGGUGCAUUCCCUUGUGUAUUGGGUCAUGAAGGUGCUGGUGUUGUGGAGUCUGUGGGAGAAGGCGUCACCAACGUGAAGCCUGGCGACCAUGUCAUUGCGUUGUACACUGCUGAGUGUAAGAAAUGCAAAUUCUGUUUGUCUGGUAAAACGAACCUGUGUGGUGCUGUGAGAGCUACUCAAGGUAAGGGUGUCAUGCCAGAUGGCACUAGCAGAUUCCAUAAUAAGAAGGGUGAAGAUCUACUCCAUUUCAUGGGCUGUUCUACGUUUUCGCAAUAUACCGUCGUGGCGGACGUAUCUGUGGUCGCUAUAGACCCAAGUGCCCCCUUGGAUAGAACCUGUCUGCUAGGUUGUGGUGUUACAACUGGUUACGGUGCUGCCAUCAAGACCGCUGACGUCCAAAAGGGUGACACGGUGGCUGUUUUCGGUGCAGGAACUGUUGGUUUGUCCGUGGUUCAGGGUGCUAAAGUCAGAGGAGCUUCAAAAAUCAUCGUUGUGGACCUUAACGAUGAAAAGAAGCAGUGGUCCGAGGAGUUUGGUGCUACUGACUUUGUUAACCCUACCAAGGAUCUAAAGGAAGGUGAAACAAUCGUCUCCAAGUUGAUUGAAAUGACUGACGGUGGGCUUGAUUUCACAUUUGAUUGUACUGGUAACACUCAAGUUAUGAGAGACGCCCUUGAAGCUUGUCACAAGGGAUGGGGUCAAUCCAUUAUUAUUGGUGUUGCUGCAGCUGGUAAGGAGAUCUCAACAAGACCAUUUCAACUUGUUACUGGUAGAGUGUGGAAGGGUUCUGCAUUCGGUGGCAUCAAGGGUAGAUCGGAAAUGGGAGGUCUUGUUUCUGAUUACAUGUCUGGAAAGUUGAAGGUUGACGAAUUCAUCACUCACAGGAGACCUUUCACUGACAUCAACAACGCUUUUGAAGAUCUUCACCAUGGUGACUGUCUUAGAACGGUGUUGGACUUGUCAAAAUAA